AUGCUUCGUGAAAGUCAAAUGCAAAAGACAAUUAUUGCAUUAAAAAAUGGAGAUGUUUCUAGUGGGCGUGGCUUAAAUCAAGAAACAACAUUGAAAAGGGCUGGUGAUACUCGAUGGGGCUCACAUUAUGGUACAAUACUUAGCUUGAUUUCUAUUUUUUCUUUCGUGGUAGAAGUUCUUGAAGUCAUUGAGGAAGAUGGAAAUAAUCCUGAACAAAGAGCUGAAGCAUGUCAAUUAUUGAAUCAUAUUCAAUCUUUUGAAUUUGUAUUCAAUUUACAUUUGAUGAAAAGUAUAUUAGGAGUUACUAAUGAGUUGUCUCAAGCUCUACAAAAAAGUGAUCAAGACAUUAUAAAUGAUAUGACAUUGGUUAAAAUGUUCAAGCAACGAUUGCAAAGUAUAAGAGACGAUGGAAGAUCAAGGCGCAAAAUCCAAAAGGUCUCAAACUUGCAUAAUUUUCAAGUUGAAUUAUUUUAUCAAGUGAUUGAUAGACAACUUCAAGAGCUUAACAAUCGUUUUACAGAAGUAAAUAAUGAGCUACUUCUUUGUAUAGUUUGUUUGAAUCCAAGUGACUCGUUUUUUGCAUUUGAUAAGGAGAAGUUGCUUCGUUUAGCUGAAUUGUAUCCACAUGAAUUCCCUUCUACUCAACUUUUGGCACUUGAUAGUCAACUUGAGAAUUUUAUAUUGGAUAUGCAUCUUGAUGAUCAAUUCUCAAAUAUAAAUGGAAUCAGUGGACUAUCUCAAAAGUUAGUUGAGACAAAAAAGCAUAUUGUUUAUCUAUUGGUAUUUCUUCUGUUGAAAUUAGCUUUGAUUCUACCUGUGGCAACGGCAUCAGUUGAGAGAACAUUUUCUGCUAUGAAUAUCAUAAAGAGUCGACUUCGUAAUCGAAUGGGAGAUGAGUGGUUGAAUGAUUGUUUGGUUACAUAUAUAGAAAGAGAGAUAUUCAAUCAAGUUGAUAAUGAAACAAUUAUUCAACAUUUUCAAAAUAUGAAAACAAGAAGAGAAGUACCUUCAAGAUUUGAAGCAAAGAAAGAUUCAUUGACCAAGUGCAUUGACCUAAUGCAAGAGAUGGUUAUGUGGACGAAAGUGAACGAGUCAACCGUUGACACAAACUCCGGUGAGCGUGCUGGAGAGAAGCAUCAAGCGGUCUGA